GUGUAUGUCAGCAAACGUGUAAUGUUUAUAAUUUUCUAACGUGGUUUGUCGAUGAGGUAACACACAACAUCUUAAUUUACCGUUUUUGAUUACUAAUAAUGCACCUUGUCAUUUAAGCUACAGUUUCCCAACACGUUUACUGCUGUUUAAUUCCAAUUUCUAGUCAUAGAAACUAGCUAACUAACGUUAUGGACUGGGGAUUGGCGCUCGAGGAGGACAUGGCGCGCGAAACCUCCGCCACGGGAAACCCUGAGCAGCAAUACAACCCCUGGUCCAACCAGUCCAACCCAUGGUCAGAUCCAGGCUGCACCUCGGGAUCUAUAGGGGAGCUGGAAAAGCUGGCCUCAGGGGAUGGACAUCAUGGCACUCACUCGAAGAAGCAAGGCGUCCAGACGGAUGCCUGGACAGCAGACAAAGAUGUUAACACAGAUCAGGAUUGGGAGUCACUGAUGCGGUCAGUGGAUGAGUACAGCACUCACCUGGCCCUGCAAUAUGAGGAGCUGAUGAAGCAGCAGCAGGAGGAGGAGGCUGAUCAUGGCAACCUCGUAGACAGCCUGGUUCAGAAAAAAGAUGAGGGGAUCCACCAGCAGCAGAUGCUGCUGGACAAAAUCGAGUCUCUGCGUGUGAAGCUUCAGCUGAACUGCUGCAAGACCACCCGCAAGAACUUUGCAGUCAAGAAGCAAGACCUCAGCGCAGAGAAAAUCAAAAUGGAGGAGGAGAGGAACAGACUGUCUCAGGAGCUGAAGGAGACCACCAGGAAGCUGGCUUUGCUGAUAGAGGAGCAGAACCUGGAAAAGCUUAUGUGGGAGCGGGAGCUAGCAGACUUGAACACUGAGAUGGAGCGGCUACAGAAAGAGUCAGAGGAGGCCACCCAGACAGCUCUACGGGAUGAGAUUGCAGCUCUGGAAAUGCAGAGAGAUGUGACCAUGUCUGAGGUGGACGACUGGCUGAAAGAGGCUGACCAAUACAUCAACACACUUAGAUUUGACCACUCUCAGCAGCACAUACAACAAAGGCUGGAGUGGGAGAACAAUGUGGCUGUUGUUCACAGCAGUUUGGCGGGACUGCAGAAUCAGUUCAAGGAGCACCUUCACCUGCUGCAAAAGGGCCAACCGAUGGAAAGCCUCCCUGGAGUCACAUUACCACACUUACCCCAAGUCCCCACGGUGGACUUGGUGAUGAGUCCGAUGAUGUACGCUCCACCCCUCCCCCCUUUUCAACAUUUCCAGAUGGGCCCUCCUAACGCCGUGGGGAUGCCCUUCCAACCCCAGCAGCACCACCCAGCUGCCUUCAUCGCCCCAGCCAGAUUAACUCCCCCACCUGUCCCCUCCUCUACUCCCCCUACCUCUGCUCUACCACUCCACCCAGCCACCCCACCUGUUUCCCUGCCCACCACCGUGGCCUCCGCCCAGCCCCUGCCUUUCAGUAACCCUCCUGCUUCUGGCAAACUGGACAACCUGCUGAAGAGACUGGGGGACAUAUUUCCACAGUGCAACAGAACUCAACUCAUGUCAGUGCUGCAGCAGAUUAAGAAUUCCCGUGGCACCAUGGCUGGCAUGUCUAUGGACGAGGUCACACAGCAGGUGGCACAGAGACUGGCACAGAGUGAGAAACCGGCUCCAGGGCCCAUCAGGCCUCUCUCUGCUGCCAGGGGCAUUCCUGGUCUUCCAGGCCCAAUCCAUCGUCCUCCAGGCCCAAUCCAGAGGCCUCCUGGCCCCAUCCAGAGACCCACAAAUCCCUCUCAGAGACCUGCAGUAACUCAAGUCUUCCAGACAAGGCCCCCACAGCCUGUGGCUCCCAGUAAUCGUAAGCUGUGCUUGAUGUGCCAGAACCAUGUGGAAGUAGACAGCCAGCACCCCAUGAGCUGCGCCCACACUGUUCAUAAGGAUUGCAUCAGUGUAUGGCUACAGUCCAGCAAGAACAACACCUGCCCCUUCUGCCCAGCCAAGUGAAAGGAGUAGCAAAAAAGACCGAAGGAGAAGACAUGAAGGGAAAGAGGAGCUGAACAAUGAUAGUGUUCUGUUCAGCGUCACAGAAUGGAAGAAGGAGAUGGUGGAAUAUGAUUCACAUCAACUAUAUACACAGAGCAGACAUGGUGACGUAUUACUAUUCCCCUACAGUGCAUUCAGAAAGUAUUCAGAUCCCUUAACUUUUUCAACAUUUUGUUACGUUACAGCCCUAUGCUAAAAUAAAUUAAAUUAAACAAGUUUCCUCAUCAAUUGACACACACCAUGAUGACAAAGUGAAAACAGGUUAUUUAAGUAUUCAGAUCCUUUGCUAUGACCCUCGAAAUUGAGCUCCGAUGCAUCCUGUUUCCAUUGAUCAUCCUUAAAAUGUUUCUACAACGUGAUUGAAGUUCACCUGUGGUAAAUUCAAUUGAUAGGAAAUUAUUUGGAAAGGCACACAACUGCCUAUACAAGGUCCCACAGUUGUCAGUGCAAAAACCAAACCAGGAGGUUGAAGGAAUUGUCCGUAGAGCUCUGAGACAGGAUUGUGUUGAGGCACAGACCAGGGGAAGGGUACCAAAAAUGUAUGCAGCAUUGAAGGUCCCCAAGAACACAGUGGCCUCCAUCAUUCUUAAAUAGAAGACGUUUGGAACUACCAAGGCUUCCUAGAGCUGGCCGCCCGGCAAAGGACCCUAUGGUCACUGUGAAAGAGCUCCAGAUUUGAGAGAACCUUCCAGAAGGACAACCAUCUCUGCAGCACUCCAACAAUCAGGCCUUUAUGGUAGAGUGGUCAGACAGAAGCCACUCCUCAGUAAAAAGCACAUGACACCCCGCUUGGAGUUUGACAAAAGGCACCUAAAGGACUCUCAGACCAUGAGAAACAAGAUUCUCUACUCUAAUGAAACCAAGACUGAACUCUUUGGCCUGAAUGCCAAGCGUCACCUCUGGAGGAAACCUGGCAACAUCCCUACCGCGAAGCAUGGCAGAGACUAGUCAGGAUCGAGGGAAAGUUGAACGGUGCAAAGUAUAGAGAGAUCCUUGAUGAAAACCUGCUCCUGAGCGCUCAGGACCUCAGACUGGGGCAAAGGUUCACUUUCCAACAGGACAACGACGCUAAGCACACAGCCAAGACAACGCAGGAGUGACUACAGGACAAGUCUCUGAAUGUCCUUGAGGGGCCCAGCCAGAGGCCAGACUUGAACCCAAUUGAACAUCUCUGGAGAGACCUGAAAAUAGCUGUGUAGUGACACUCUAGAUCCAACCUGACAGAGCUUGAAAGAAGAAUGGGAGAAACUUUCAAAACAUAGGUGUGCCAAGCUUGUAGCUUCAUACCAAGAAGACUUGAGGCUGUAAUCGCUGCCAAAGGUGCUUCAACAAAGUACUGAGUAAAGGGUCUGAAUACAUAUGUAAAUGUGAUAUCAGUUUAUUUUCAUAUUUUUGUGCAAAAAUAAUCAAUUUGCUUUUGCUUUGUCAUUGUGGGGUAGUGUGUAGAUUGAUGAGGAGAAAACAAUAAUUUUAUCAAUUUUAGAAUAAGGUUGUAACGUAACAAAAUGUUGAAGUCAAGGGGUCUGACCUUUCCGAAUGCACUGUAUGUGACACAAUAAACAGAAGUCUUUCCCUAUAUUGAUACAGCUGACUAAAUACUUCAAUACCUUUUUAAAGGCUGACCAAAAGCACAUCUGUUGUUAACUGCAAUGAUAAUCUGGCACCAUAACUUAUUUUUUGUUUUCACAUUACUGUUGUGUGUUAACCCAUAGGGAUAUCAUGUUUGUUAUGUAUGCCUUUUUAUUUAUUGUAAAAUAUACUUCUCAUACCCUUUGACAUAAUUAUAACAACUUUGACAUGUUAUUUUGUAAGUAUGUUAUUUCUAAUUUCCAUGCAUUUGGUAUAUUCAUUUCUAAUUUUCAUGAUUUUAUGUUGAACAUUUUAUAAUUUGUAUGGCAAAAAAAAUACACUAGUGUUAUGUUAAGUGCCUUAUUAAACGUUACACUGAAGUAUGUCUCGUUGAACUUAAAACUGCCCAAUUUGAAUGAGCAGAAUGUUGAAAUACUAACAGUUGAAGUUGGAAGUUUACAUACACCUUAGCCAAAUACAUUUAAAUGCAGUUUUUCACAAUUCCUGACAUGUAAUCCUAGUAAAAAUUCCCUUUCUUAGGUCAGUUAGGAUCACCACUUUAUUUUAAGAAUGUGAAAUGUCAGAAUAAUAGUAGAGUGAUUUAUUUCAGCUUUUUUUCCUGUCAUCACAUUCCCAGUGGGUCAGAAGUUUACACUCAAUUAGUAUUUGGUAACAUUGCCUUUUAAAUUGUUGAACUUGGGUCAAACGUUUCGGGGAGCCUUCCACAAGCUUCCCACAAUAAGUUGGCUGAAUUUUGGCCCAUUCCUCCUGACAGAGCUGGUGUAACUGAGUCAGGUCUGUAGGCCUCCUUGCUUGCACACACUUUUUCAGUUCUGCCCACAUAUUUUCUUUAGAACUUAGGUCAGGGCUUUGUGAUGGCCACUCCAAUACCUUGACUUUUAUGUCCUUAAGCCAUUUUGCCACAACUUUGGAAGUACGCUUGGGGUCAUUGUCCAUUUGGAAGACCCAUUUGCCACCAAGCUUUAACUUCCUGACUGAUGUCUUGAGAUGUGGCUUCAAUAUAUCCACAUAAUUAUCCUGCCUCAUGAUGCCAUCUAUUUUAUGAAGUGCACCAGUCCCUCCUGCAGCAAAGCACCCCCACAACAUGAUGCUGCCACCCCCGUGCUUCACGGUUGGGAUGGUGUUCUUCGUCUGCAAGCAUCCCGCUUUUUCCUCCAAACAUAACAAUGGUCAUUAUGGCCAAACAGUUCUAUUUUUGUUUCAUCAGACCAGAGGACGUAUGUUCUUUGUCUCCAUGUGCAGUUAGUUGCAAACCGUAGUCUGGCCUUUUUUAUGGCGGUUUUGGAGCAGUGGCUUCUUCUUUGCUGAGCGGCCUUUGUCGAUAUAGGACUCGUUUUUACUGUGGAUAUAAAUACCUUUGUACCUGUGUCCUCCAGCAUCUUCACAAGGUCCUUUGCUGUUGUUCUGGGAUAGAUUUGCACUUUUCGCACCAAAGUAAGUUCAUCUCUAGGAGACAGAACGCAUCUCCUUCCUGAGCGGUAGCUGCGUGGUCCCAUGGUGUUUAUGCUUGCGUACUAUUGUUUGUACAGAUGAACAUGGUACCUUCAGGCGUUUGGAAAUUGCUCCCAAGGAUGAACCAGACUUGUGGAGGUCUACAAAUUGUUUUCUGAGUUCUUGGCUGAUUUCUUUUGCUUUUCCCAUGAUGUCAAGCAAAGAGGCAGUGAGUUUGAAGGUAGGCCUUGAAAUACAUCCACAGGUACACCUCUAAUUGACUAAUGUCAAUUAGUCUAUCAGAAGCUUCUAAAGCCGUGACACCAUUUUCUGGAAUUUCCCAAGCUGUUUAAAGGCACAGCCAAUUUAGUGUAUGUAAACUUCUGACCCACUGGAAUUGUGAUACAGGGAAUUAAGUUAAAUCUGUCUGUAAACAAUUGUUGGAAAAAUGACUUGUGUCAUGCACAAAGUAGAUGUCCUAACUGACUUGCCAAAACUAUAGUUUGUUAACAAGAAAUUUGUGGUGGUUGAAAAACAAGUUUUAAUGACUCCAACUGUGUAUGUAAACUUCCGACUUCAACUGUAUAGAGAAGUGAGAUGGCAUUAACUAUUUGGACUGUUGUAUUAACCUGACAAUAAACAUGUUUAAUUACCA